AUGGAGGAAAAAAAGGCUGAAACUUUUCCCAAUACCAUUUCGUCGGCGUUAUUUGUUAUCGCGGUUUCCUUAUCAUCAUCACGUGUUUGCUCCGAUCAUGUGGCCACCAUCAAGAUUCUAUACUCUUCGAGUGAGUUUUCGGACGUCGCGAUUAUCAUCACCAAGGAUAUCCUGCAUCAAAGGAAACCUCACACCAGAAAAUUAAGAACAGGUCGAACCAGAAAGAGGGAUGUGGCAGGAAGAAAAUAUUUCCAGGAUGGAUGUUUUCCCAGAACAUCAAAAAAAACUCCGAUGCAGAAAGUGAGAGAUGAGCAACUUUGAAAUAUUCAACAUGUGCAUUUUUACUAAUUCAACUCUUAUUCUUACUCA